AUGCUUAUCUAUAACAAGACUACAUUUCAGGAAGGCUACAACGCCAUUACAGAAUUAGAUGGCGUACACUCACAGAUGCACAUGGAUUUCGGUAUACUCAAACUCUCACGUGGGGCGGUGUUCCAUUCAAAAGAAGCAAAAGAACGGGCCUUUCUUCUUAUGGAUGGUUCUAUCGCAUUCAAGUAUGCAAACAAGAAGAAUAUUGCUAUGCGCAAUUCGCUCCUAGACGAGCUUCCCCAUGUGUUGCAGGUUCCUAAAGGAGCAGAGGUAACACUCGUAGCCCACGAAGAUUCAGAACUCUGUGUGCAAAAAGCAAUAAAUAAUACAGACUUUGAGGCGGUGUAUUACGCCCCCGAGCAUAUACGUCAGCAAAGAUUUGGUGAAGGAACCAUGCAGGAUAGCUCAACAAGAAUAGUACGAACUGUAUUUGAUGCUAAGAAUGCAACGUUUUCAGAAAUGGUACUGGGCGAAGUUAUCAAUUUUCCUGGUAAGUGGUCAAGUUAUCCUCCACACAAGCACCCACAACCCGAGAUAUAUCAUUACAGAUUCCCCGACGCACCAAGCCAGGGAUUUGGAUUUGGGCAAGUAGGCGAGAAUGUAUAUGCAAUAGCACAUGAAUCAACUAUGAUCAUAGACCCCUGGCUUGUUCACCCCCAAGUAGCAGCACCGGGCUACCCUAUGUACUAUAUUUGGAUGAUAGCUCAUACAGAAGGCGAAAAAUUUGGACCCAACAGUAGGCAGUUUGUUGAUGAGCAUGCAUGGCUUUUGGAUCCAAAAGUAAAGAUUUGGAAAGAUACGAGGAGCAAGGAAUGA